GUAACAGACUCUGCUAUAUUCCAGUAAAUUCUUCUCCGUAAACCAAACCACUCUAAACUCUCGAAACCCCUUUACUAUAAAUAGACACAGCAUGUCAACCUAGUAGUCACGAAAGCGACUUCAUUAACAAUCGCAAAACAAAAACCAAACACUCAACACAACCACACUUUUCACUCAUCAUCUUCAUCGUAACAUGGCUUCAGAACCUCAUCGACGUGACGUCGAAACCUCCGAUGAACAACUUGAUGAGAUUUCCAUUGAAAAAGGGUUUGAAGGAAAAUCUGUUCCUUCGUGGCAGAAACAGGUUACGGCUAGGGCAAUAGUCGUGAGUAUCAUGCUAUCAGUGAUGUUCACUUUCAUUGUGAUGAAGCUGAAUCUCACUACUGGGAUUAUUCCCUCUUUGAAUGUUUCGGCUGGGUUGUUAGGGUUCUUCUUUGUCAAGACAUGGACCAAGUUGCUUGAGAAAGCGGGUUGGCUUAAUCAACCUUUUACCAGGCAGGAGAAUACUGUUAUUCAAACUUGUGUUGUUGCUGCUAGUGGAAUUGCAUUCAGUGGUGGGUUUGGUAGCUACUUGUUUGGAAUGAGUCCAACUAUUGCAAAACAAAUUCCAGAAGCUGGCACUGCCAAUGAUGUUAAGAGUCUUGGUUUAGGAUGGAUGAUUGCAUUUCUAUUUGUUGUCAGCUUUCUUGGUCUCUUUUCAGUGGUUCCACUCCGAAAGAUUAUGAUUGUUGACUUCAAAUUGACAUAUCCAAGUGGUACCGCAACAGCUCAUCUUAUCAACAGUUUCCAUACAUCAGAAGGUGCCAAACUAGCAAAGAAGCAAGUAAAAGCACUGGGAAAGUUCUUCUCCUUCAGCUUCUUGUGGGGUUUCUUCCAAUGGUUUUUCGCUGCUGGUGAUUCUUGUGGAUUUACAAACUUUCCCACAUUUGGUCUAGAAGCCUAUCAAAGGAAGUUCUACUUUGAUUUUUCUGCUACCUAUGUGGGGGUUGGGAUGAUAUGUCCAUAUAUAAUCAAUAUUUCGCUGUUGAUUGGUGGAGUUCUUUCUUGGGGUGUCAUGUGGCCUCUUAUUGGUGCUAAAAAAGGAGACUGGUUCCCUGCUGAUCUCAAAGAAAGCAGCUUACAUGGUCUUCAAGGUUACAGAGUUUUCAUAGGCAUAGCAAUGAUUCUUGGUGAUGGUCUAUACCACUUUGUGAAAGUUCUUGGCACAACUCUUAUAGGUUUGUAUAAACAAUUGAAGAAAAAAGACAAAGGAGCACAGUCUGAGGAUCCAAAUGCUCCUCUCCCACCUACACUUUCAUUCGAUGACAAGCGCAGAACGGAGAUGUUCCUCAAAGAUCAAAUCCCCUCAUGGUUUGCUAUCGCAGGCUAUGUCAUAAUUGCAAUAAUCUCAAUCAUUACCAUUCCCCACAUUUUCCACCAGCUAAAGUGGUAUCACAUCAUUUGCAUUUACAUCAUUGCACCCGCACUAGCCUUUUGCAAUGCCUAUGGUUGUGGGCUAACAGAUUGGUCCCUUGCAUCGACCUAUGGAAAAUUAGCCAUCUUCAUUAUCGGUGCUUGGGCGGGUCCAGCCAACGGCGGUAUCCUAGCCAGUUUAGCAGCAUGUGGUGUCAUGAUGAACAUUGUUUCAACAGCUUCUGAUCUGAUGCAAGACUUCAAAACAGGUUACAUGACACUGGCUUCGCCGAAAUCCAUGUUUGUGAGCCAAGUUAUUGGAACUGCUAUCGGCUGUGUUGUAUCGCCUUGUGUUUUCUGGCUAUUCUACCAUGCUUUUGGUACUCUUGGUCAACCUGGUUCAGCAUACCCUGCACCUUAUGCACUCGUUUAUCGAAACAUUGCAAUACUUGGUGUGGAUGGAUUCUCAGCUCUGCCGAAAAACUGCCUCGUACUUUGCAUCAUAUUUUUCAUCGCUGCGAUAAUUAUUAAUUUUGUUCACGACUUGGUUGGAAAGAAAUACGCCAAGUAUAUUCCUGUUCCUAUGGCUAUGGCGAUACCAUUUUACAUUGGAAGCUACUUUGCUAUUGAUAUGUGUGUUGGAAGCUUGAUAUUGUUUAUUUGGCAGAAGCUUGAUAGGGCCAAGGCUGAUGCAUUUGCAUCAGCUGUUGCUUCUGGUCUGAUUUGCGGAGAUGGAAUUUGGUCACUUCCUAGCUCUUUUCUUGCUCUUGCUGGAGUGCAGCCACCUAUUUGUAUGAAAUUCUUGUCUAGAGCAGCAAAUGCUAAGGUUGAUGGCUUCUUAGAAUCUUAAAGUUGACCUGUUGGAUCUCAGACACAACAAUGGAAAACAAUUCACAACCUACUGUACAUACAACAGCUCAAAGGCAACCAGUUAACGCCAUUUCACAACCAUCUGCUGCACAGAAAAAACAAGCUUCAACCAACUCCAAAUCACAAACAAUUGCAAUGUGCAACCAAGUCACAAGCAUAUGCAUCUGCUCAACCAUCAGUGGACACAGACAAAAGUCAGAAACUUGAAGACCUUUAUGGAGUUUUAAGGCUAUUGUUAUUUUGAUUAUUUGAAAUGAUGUAAUUUGAUGAUUUGGUGUCAUUUUGAUGAACGUUUAUGCAAUUGAAAACCUAUUCUUUUAUACCUUUUGAUGAAUGUUUAUGUUAAUGAGAACCUAUGGUUAUAUA